UACUUUAAAAAACAAAGGAACAAAGAUGAAAAUUGUAUUCCUUGCUUUAUUGCUCUUCUUUGCACUGCAACAUGCUAAUUGCUCCUAUAACGAAGCAGACCGUCUCCGGGAGUUGAUGAAAUCUCAACCGCUGAUUCAAUCUAUCCGAAAUCAGGCAUGGAAACUUUUAAAUUCAAAAAAGGCGCCGAUUUAUGUGGGCCCACAAGAUGGAAUGAUGGAAGCAGAUAAGAUUGAUUCGUUGCCUGGGCAACCUCAGGUGAAAUUCGAUCAGUAUGCAGGAUAUGUGACAGUAGAUCUUUCGGCUGGACGAGCGCUAUUUUAUUACUUUGUUGAGUCUCCUGAAAAUGCAUCAAGCAAACCUCUUCUGUUGUGGCUUAAUGGAGGACCUGGGUGCUCUUCGCUUGGAGCUGGAGCCAUGACAGAAUUGGGACCGUUCAGAGUCAACAGUGAUGGCAAAACUCUAUAUACAAAUGAAUAUUCAUGGAACAAUGUGGCAAAUGUAAUCUUCUUGGAAUCUCCUGCUGGAGUUGGGUUUUCAUACUCAAACACUUCAUCGGAUUACAAAUUGAGCGGAGAUAAGAGAAGCGCUGAUGAUUCAUAUUCUUUUAUUUUAAACUGGCUUGAAAGAUUUCCUCAGUAUAAAGCUCGAGAUUUCUACAUCAGUGGAGAGAGUUAUGGUGGCCAUUAUAUUCCAGAAUUGGCUAGUACUAUACUAGCAAAUAACCAAAACACAAACAAUACUGUCAUCAACCUAAAGGGUGUGGCUAUUGGAAAUGCAUACAUCGAUGGAAAUAUUAACACAAAAGGGAUGUACAAUUACUACUGGACUCAUGCUUUGAUUUCUGAUGAAGCUUAUGGAGACAUCCAAUCGAAAUGCACCUUUGCUAACCAAAACUAUACCAUCAAUUGCAAGAAUGCAUUGAGAUCAGCUUCUGCAGAAGUUGGGCAUAUCGAUGAUUAUGACAUCUACGCUCCACUCUGCCACAACCCAUCUCAAUCAACUGGCUUCAGUUCUGUGAAAGAAUAUGAUCCUUGUGCGGGUUAUUAUGUCGACGCAUACCUCAAUCUUCCAGAGGUUCAGAAAGCUUUUCAUGCAAAUAUUACAAAGUUGCCAUAUCCAUGGAGCGUAUGCAGUUCUUUCAUAGGAUUCGGUAGCAUUUGGAUUGAUUCACCUGCAACUGUUUUGCCCACAAUAAAAGAUCUAAUUACAAGUGGCCUUCGUGUUUGGUUGUAUAGUGGUGAUCAAGAUUCAGUAUGUCCAGUAUCAUCCACAAGGGAUCUCAUAAGCAUACUUGACCUUGACAUUGAGUCAUCAUGGCGUCCAUGGCAUGUCGAUGACGAGGUUGGCGGAUAUGCUGUUGGUUACAAAGGAUUGACAUUUACAACAGUAAGAGGAGCAGGACACAUGGUGCCAAGCUUCCAGCCUAAAAGAGCAUUAACCAUGAUCACAUCUUUCCUCCUCGGCCUACUUCCUCCUGUUUAAUUGCGUUUACUUAAUAAUUACCUUGUGAUUAUUGCCCUUAAUUUAUCACCACCAAUUUCUGUGAACUGUUUGGUUUGUCUAAGACUGUUUUUGUUUUUCCCUUCAUGUAAUAUUUCUCUUGAAUUGAAAA